CUCUAUUUCGUUGCAGCAGGAUUGCAGGAGGUCGCCUAUGACCGUGCCGGACGACACCGCCAGCGAGUAUUUUUUGAGAGAACUUUUCAAUGUGAGAUUUGAAUUGGUUCACUUGGAAAGUUUAACAGUCGAGAUUUUAGGAAUUCUCGGAAUUUCUCCGAUUCCUCACCGAGAAAUUUGCAGAAACUGUAAAGGAGAAGAAGUGAAAGAUGCAUCGGAUCGGCCGGAGACUGAUAAGUGCCAUACUCGGCCAGCCGCUGGAAAACUGGCACCUCCAGGCCCUAUCACUGUAUGUUUUGAGAUUAAAAGGAAUUGCUUGCAAUCAAUACAGAUAUUAAUUCCAACUCAUCCAGGUGUGAUGGCAUCGAGCUGCUCCUUCAGUGUUCCAGAAAUCUUUUCUGGCUGUAUAGAUGGUAAUUGUAACGAGCAUGGAAGUAUGAGCCAGGUAAAAAUCAUUAGGGCAAGAGAUUGAUGGAUAACCUACCCUUCCAGGAAGCACUCGUUCUCCGAGCGACAAAAGAAGGUGGGUAAAUUCAGCUUCAGAUUCUGCCAACUCCUGAUGCAGACGAGCCCUUGAUAUAUUUGCAUUGUCCACUUUUCUCCUAU